CUAAAAUUUUGUUACAGAUCAGUCAUGUCAUCCUUUCAAGAAGUUCCAUCUUCAGCUAAUGCUUUGCAAACCUCCAAUUUUGCACAUGUGAUUUUUCAAAAUGUGGCAAAAAGUUAUCUUCCAAACACGCACCUUGAAUGUCACUACACUCUAACCCAGUUUAUCCACCCUCAUCAGAAAGACUGGGUUGGUAUUUUCAAGGUUGGUUGGAGUACUGCAAGAGAUUAUUACACGUUUCUUUGGUCACCUAUGCCAGAAAAUUAUGUGGAAGGAUCAACUGUUAAUUGUGUGCUGACUUUUCAAGGAUAUUACCUACCAAAUGAUGAUGGGGAAUUUUACCAGUUCUGUUACGUGACACAUAAAGGAGAGAUCCGUGGAGCAAGCACACCUUUUCAGUUUCGUACCUCUUCCCCUGUUGAGGAAUUGCUUACUAUGGAAGAUGAAGGAAACUCUGAUAUGUUAGUGGUGACUACAAAAGCUGGACUGCUCGAGUUUAAAAUUGAAAAAAUAAUAAAAGAAAAAGAAGAGUUAUUAAAGGUAACUGCUGUUCUGGAAAAGGAAACUGAACAACUCAGAGAUCAAGUCGAAAGACUGGAAAAAGAACUUAACCAUGAAAAGCAGAGAUGUGACCAACUGCAAACAGAGCAAAAGGCUAAUAUUCAAGCAUCAGAAACUCUUAAGACUGAAAAUGAUGAUCUGAAGAAGAAGCAUGAUGAGGCUGCUUCAAAAGUUCUCCAGCUGGAAGAAGAUAUCAUGACUGUUACACAAAAAGCCAUUGCAAAAGAAACAGAGUUAGACAGUCUGAAGGACAAACUGAAGAAAGUAAUUCUUGAGAAGGAGCAACUUGAAUGUGUCUUAAAGACAGAAAAGGAUGAAAAAGAACUUUAUAAGAUACACUUGAAGAAUACAGAAAUAGAAAACACCAAACUAGUAAAAGAGAUCCAGACGUUUAAGAAUUUGGAUGCAAACAAAGAAAACAUGAUAACGUAUUAUAAAGAGGAGGUUGGCAGAUUACAGCUAUUUAUAGCAGAGAAAGAAAGUAUGAAGAAAGCUUUUUUACUCUCCUCAUCCAACAAGGAGGAUGCAAGUAUUUUAAAAGAACAGCUUCGAAAAGCUGAAGAUCAGAUUCAGGCUAGCAAACAAGAAGCUGUCCUAAUGUCAAAAGAGUUGAGUGACGCAGUAAAUGUGCGAGAUAAGACGAUUGCAGACCUUCAUAGUGCACGUCUCGAAAACGAGAAGUUGAAAAAGCAGCUUGCUGAUGCUUUAGCUGAACUUAAGAAGAUCACAGCUUUGAAAAAUGAGCAGGAAAUUUCGAACACAGUGGAGCAUGAAUUGCGCAGAGAAGUCGAAGAUCUGAAGCUUCGCCUGCAAAUGGCUGCUGACCAUUACAAAGAAAAAUUCAAAGAAUGUCAAAAACUUCAAAAACAAGUGAACAAAUUUACAGAACAGGCAAAAAUUGCAGGAAAUCAACAGAAACUGACAGAUGCAUCCAACAUUCAGACAGCUACUGCCGUCAUUACAGACAAAAAGUUGUCUGCAUCUCCAGUUAGCCCCAUUUCAUCUGAUAUAGUUUCGGAAUUCGUGGUAAAGGAGCAAGUACGUGAAAUGAAUAAAGAAAUUGCUGAGAAAACAGAAAAGUAUAAGAAAUGCAAGCAAAUGUUGGCAGAUGAGAAGAUGAAAUGCAGCGUUUAUGCUGAUGAACUAGCAAAACUGGAGCUGAAGUGGAAAGAACAGGUGAAAAUCAAUGAGGGUAUGAAAUUACAGCUAGCAGCAAUGGAGGAUCAGUAUAAAGAACUUGGCAGGACACCAGGAAAUCAAAACGGAAGGAUGAUGGAAGGACACAUUUCACAACAGACAUUACAUUUUCGCAACCCGUAUUCAGAGGAAGGUGGACCAAUUCCUGCAGUGCCAAGUAGACUACCAGUGUUGCAGUAUGGAAACCCUUACGCAAUUCAGGAAAGAAGAGAUGGAGCGGAUGGUGCUCUUAAUCCUGAUGAGAUCCAAAGACCACCUAUUAGAACUUCCUUUUGGGAGCUAGAAGAUGAGGUAGUCUGUAGUCAGCCUUCACGUAAUCUUAGCCGGCCUGAUGGUUUAGAAGAUCCUGAGGAUAGCAAUGAUGAUGACAACACUGUACCUUCUGCUCCUGAUCCUCCGAGUCUUCUUUUGCAUGAACGUGGAACAGGUUUUUGCUUUGAUUCUAGUUUUGAUGUGCACAAGAAAUGCCCUCUUUGCGAUGUGAUGUUUCCACCUAACUAUGAUCAGAGCAAGUUUGAAGAGCAUGUUGAAAGUCACUGGAAGGUGUGCCCCAUGUGCAGUGAGCAGUUUCCACCUGACUAUGAUCAGCAAGGGUUUGAGAGGCAUGUUCAGACGCACUUUGAUCACAAUGUUUUAAAUUUCGAUUAAAUACUUUGUUUUGCAAUGUAGCUUAAAAAGAAACAACUCUGAGUGAGUAAUCCACCUAUAGAACAAAAACAGUGUAGCUUUUCUGUGACAAUGCAGAUUUCUGAUUAAAAGCUUGUGUAUUCUAAUGAGAGCCUUGAUGAAUCUUGGCUGUAAGCUGCUAUCGGGUUGUCUUCUCUAUUCAUCUAACGUUAUAUUAAAGAAAAGACUUGGUUGUGUAUGUAUCUAUUUAUUCCCCUAUUUAGUGGAAUUUGUAAGAACAUAGAAAUAACUUAGCCUCAGAACCAACAAGACCAGCUUCUUGAUGCUCUUUAGCUGUAAAAAAAAAUAAAAUAACAAAUCCCCUAUGGUUUCUCUUGACUAUAACUGAGGCAUGAUUAAAAACAUAAUAAACAGAUGUUUCUCCCAGUAAAUUUGUGUAGUUUUUCUUUGAGUAACAGUUAAAUCAAAGUUACAUAACUUACGCAAUGAAAACAUAGUUUUCUAGUAAUUUUCUGAAAUGUAGGUGCAUGUAUUGUGAGAUUACAUGCCUGCAACAAAAGUAAUGACAAAUAUUUCAGUUUCGCAUAUAGAACAUUUGCCUUAAGGAAUAACCUCAAGUAUGUUAUACUUUAAGGCAGUAUUUUUGAGUUAAAAUAAAUUACUUUGCUUAGAAUGCCUAGAAAAUAAUUGUUUAAAAUCAUUGCCAUUAUGUUGCACUUGUAUUCAGUAGGUAACAUCGUUACAUUUUCACAACAGUGAAUUGUGUUCCUUUUGGAUUUGGGCUUUUAAAACCUUUUUCAUUUUAACUUUACAUAUUUCUUUCCAGUAACAACAUGUGUGUAUAUCUAAACAUUUUAUAUUUACUUAAAUGUAGUAAGUAAAUUUGCUUUCCACUUGUUGUACAGUAGUCUUGUUACAUUAAAAGCAAAAUUAUUCAUGGA